UUUGUAAGUGGGCGUGGUUUAGAAUGUGACAGGAAGCUGCAGCUUAUGGACUUUGUGUUUGUUUAAUUUUACAGUCGAUAUGAACCGUAUUUUGUCGAGGCGGUUUGUCAGGUUUUGUAGAUGUUGGAGCGUGGCUGUGGGGGCUUGUGAAUAUUCAGCAAUAAGGGCAUUAGUGAGAACAGACGCUGAUGUUGGGGUGCUGAGGAGGUCUGAGGUUCAAUCUGUGUUCCAGUUCAUCCCAAAGGUGUUCAGUGGGAUAGAGUCAGUGUCAGGGCUCUGUAUGGGACACUCGAGAUCUUCCACUCCAUCCUUCACAAACCAUGUCUUCAUGGAGCUCGCUUUGUGCACAGGGACAUCGUCAUGUCCCUCUUCAGGAUUCCUGGGAUUCAGCUUCACACUACUGGUGUAUUGAUGGCAGCUUCAGUUGAGGACUUUAACCAGGCCAAGGUUAAUCUGGGAACACUAAAGAAUGACCCUGGCAAUGAGGUCAAGCUGAAGAUCUAUGCCCUCUUUAAACAGGCCUCACAGGGACCGUGUAACACUCCAAAACCAGGAAUGCUGGACUUCGUGAACAAGGCAAAAUGGGACGCCUGGAAGUCUCUGGGUUCUUUGUCUCAGGAUGAUGCCAGGCAGCAGUACGUGAACCUCGUCUCGUCUCUGGUGGCUGCUGAAGGACCUCCGGUAGCAGCAGCUUCAUCCACAGGAAGUGAAAAAGCUUUCCAGACGCUGCUGGUCACCACAGAGGACGGCAUCACAACCAUAAGACUCAACAGACCACAGAAGAAGAACGCCAUCACUGUGGAGAUGUAUAACGAGCUGAUUGAAGCUCUGGAUCUUGCUGGAAAAAACGACUCGGUCAUUACAGUCCUUACAGGAAGCGGCGACUACUACUGCAGUGGCAAUGAUCUGAACAACUUCACUAAAAUCCCAGAGGGUGGCGUUGAGAAGAUGGCUAAGGAUGCCGGAGAGCUCCUCAGGCAAUUUGUGAAAGCCUACAUCGAUUUCCCAAAGCCGCUAAUUGCUCUCAUAAACGGACCGGCUGUGGGAGUUUCUGUCACCGUACUCGGCCUCUUUGACAUCGUCUACGCUACAGAAAGUGCGACGUUUCACACCCCUUUCAGCAACCUGGGACAGAGUCCUGAGGGCUGCUCAUCAUACACCUUCCCUAAAAUGAUGGGUGCUGCAAAGGCUAGUGAGAUGCUCUUGUUCAAUAAGAAGCUGACGGCUACACAGGCGUGCGAUCUGGGACUGGUGACUGAGGUUUUUCCUGACAGCAGCUUUCAGUCUGAGGUCUGGACCAGGCUAAAGGUCUACUCCAAACUACCUCCUAAUUCUCUGGCCCUGUCCAAGCAGUUAAUGCGUCAGGUGGAGAAGGACAAACUCUAUGCCGUGAACAACGCCGAGGUGGAGCGGCUGAUUGAGCGCUGGCUCUCCGAUGAGUGCAUGCAGGCCAUCAUGGGCUUCUUCCAGAACAAGGCCAAACUGUGAUGAGAUAAUAUUCUUUUAUCCUUAGAACCAAUGAUGUACUAAUAGAACCUGAAAUAUUCUGUACUUCAAUACAGAUGAGAUAUUUUUACAGUGAAACUGAUUACUUUCACAGCAUAGGAACAACAUAAAGAAGGCAAACUUUAACUCUUGUUUUACAGCGAUAACACACGAGAAGUACAGAGACAGUAAUGAAUGAAAUGCAGUUAACGUUCAGUCAUAAUCACAUUAUCUGCAUAUUUUGCCCCAACUGGGGGACAAACUUUUAAGCAGGCAAACUUUACUGACAGAACGAUUUUUUAGUAUAAUGUGGUUUGUUUAAAAUGGCCAGCAUCAGUAAACUGACACAUGCUCACACUUAUAGCAUUUUGCUACCUAAACAUUUGAUUUCUGAGGAUUUGUUCAUUUGGUACUGAGAAUAAACAAUGUCACUGUACUAAUUAUCUACAAAGGUUUAAGUUGAAAUAUUUUAGCACCACAUGUUUGGCAGUUUAUACGCUGUGGCCAUGGCCAGAAUGAACUAGUUAAUAUAGUUAGUGGUUUAUUACACAUCAUUAUUGGUGUAGUUUAAGUUCUUUUACAUGUCGAACCUUUUCAGAUAUUUCUGACAGACAACCUUCUGUUGAUUGAUUGAUGUUUUUAUAAAAUGUUUACUGCUGAAAUAAAGUGAUUUAACCCAG